UGUCGGCGCUCGAAGAGAAAACAACUAAAUUGAUCAAAACAGAAAAAAAUGUCUGAUGAAAAAGUGUCUAUGGUUGUUCCCUCGCUCGAGGAACUUCCGCCGUUCGUGCGUUUCUCGUUAGAAAAAGUCGCCAAAAACGAGGGUUUUACCGACUUUUCCCUCGAAAUCGAACCAGGCGCGAAUAUCGGAGACGGAUUCGUCGGGAUUAUGUUAAAAGUUCAAAUUAAAGGUACGAAAAAUACGCAAAAAUCAGAACUUAACGUUUUAUGCAAGAUCCCACCGAUGAACAAGGCACGACGCGAACAAUUCAACUCGAUCGAGAUAUUUUCGCGCGAAAUUGAGAUGUACAACGUCGUGCUGCCGCAUCUCAAAAAAUUCCAAGAAUCCAAGGGAAUUCGCGAAGACGAGGGAUUUUUCAACUAUCCAAAAUGCUAUUUUGCUGGCGAAAGUAAGGAACUCGAUGAUGCGGUUGUCAUUAUGGAAGAUUUGCGUGACAAGGGUUACGGCAUGGCGGAUAAAUUUGUGUCGAUUGAUUUUCCGCAUGCGAAACUCGUGAUGGAGGGAUUGGGACGAUUGCAUGCCUUGUCGUUCGCAUUGAAGGUACAAGAACCGGAAACACUGAAACAAUGGCAGUUCAAAGAUGUGCUGACCGAAAUGAUGCAUCGCGAGGAGUUUAUUGAGAUGUUUGAGCGAUACUUUGAUCAAGCGAUGGAAGCAUUGAAGCCCGAAGAGACAGAUGUCAAAGAAAAAAUGGAGCAUUACAAAAAACACAUUACAGAAGAAUUGAAUUUCUUGACGAGUGCCGAAGAGGCAGAACCGUACACAGUAUUAAAUCACGGAGAUUGUUGGAUCAACAAUUUCUUGUUCCACCGUAACUCGAGCAACAUUCCGACCGACAUCAAGUUCAUCGAUUACCAAAUUUCCCGGUAUGUGAGUCCCGUACUUGACAUCGUUUAUUUCAUCUUUGCGUCGACCGACAAGGCCUUCCGAGACCAACAUUACGACGAAUUAAUCCGAAUUUAUCAUGCCUCUUUCACAAAAUUCCUCAAAAGAUUGGGAGAAGAUCCGGAAGAACUUUUUUCCUUCGACGACCUCCAAAAGCAACUCAAGAAAUUCGGUCGUUUCGGGAUGCCAAUGGCACUAAUGCUGCUGCCAAUUAUCACAACGCAAUCCAAAGACCUGCCGGAUUUCGAUAAAUUACCGGAACUCAUGGAGGAAUUCAAGAAAGGCGAUCAAAUGUCGGACGAAGCGAAGGAAUUUAUGGAGUUGUCGCGUCAAAAUGCGUUGCGUGUCGGUGGUCGCACGAGAGAAGUUGCUAUCGAUAUGGUUCGACUUGGUUACAUGUGAUUGCUCGGUGCGGCGGCGUUGUUGUUGUGGUAUUUAGUUUAGUUUAAAAAUAAAUAAAAAUUUAAUUAUUGUUAUAGAGACACAUUUUGAGUUGAUUGAAUAUCAUCAUCGGCUACUCGCUAGGCUAGGGCUACAGGCACGUUUUUCUAUUUUGAUUGAUAUUUAAAUAAACUAUUUACCUAAAUUAACGAAGCCUAUCAAAUGACAAUAGAGAAGUUAUUUUUAGAGGAAACUAAAAUUGCUACAUAUAAAUUUUUAAUUGAAGGUCAAAAGAUUUGAAUAAAAAUUAUUAUUUAGCAUGAUUUGCCUGACCUUCGUGCUAGUAUGUGAUUUCCACACGAGAUACGAUCGAAUUUCUGCUCAUUUAUUGACCGCAAUACGUUAUCUGGGCUGAGUUCAGUGUCGUUUCUAAUUAAUUUUGGUUAGCUUUUCACAGAUUUUCUAAAAUCAUGAAAUUCUAAAAUUCAAAAGAUAAAAAUUUUUUUUUUAAAUUUAAAUAAAUUAA